CUUUUCUUCUUCUUCUUCUCUUCCCUUCACCGCCAAGAUUUUUGAAGACAUCCAACUUCCAUUUUUUUUUCUUUUUCCUUCUUCAAUUUGCAGAGAACUUCUAAGAGAGAGUUUGGAAGAAGAAGAGAAAUUUUACUAGAAUUUUGAGGUUGAAGAAGAGGAGGAGAACUCAAGCAAAGUGUAUCCAUGGCUGAAUUUUAGUUCAUUCUGCACAUCACUGGUUUUUAAUUCGGUUUGAACUCUUCAAAAGGAAUUAAGAGGGACAAGUUAAAGAGGUCGUGUGCGCGCGAUUCUGGAAGUGGUUCUGUUUUGAGGGUUAUAUGUGUUUAUGCACGGGGAAUCAGAUUUAUAUGUCUUCAGGCCGAGAAGAAUUAAACCGAGCUUAUAGACCAAGGAUCUAGCCCAAGACUGAGUCAUGCCACCACGUACUGGUAGACGACGCCGGCAGAAUCAGGACGGGAUGCAAGGUCCUACCCAAGGUCCAUCUGUAGGGGAAUCUAGUACCCUAGGAGUUCGAGGUGGGGCAGGAAACGAGCAGUUUACGAGAACUACACAGGAAAUAGGAAGGCCAGAUAGAGUAGAGCCUAGUGAUCCAGAAAAGGCAUACGGAAUUGAACGACUGAAGAAGUUAGGGGCUACAGUGUUUGAAGGUUCCACAGAUCCAGCUGAUGUAGAGAACUGGUUGAAUAUGCUUGAAAAGUGUUUUGAUGUGAUGAAUUGUCCUGAGGAGCGAAAGGUUAGAUUGGCCACAUUUUUGUUGCAAAAAGAGGCUGAAGGAUGGUGGAAAUCUAUAUUAGCAAGGCGCAGUGAUGCACGUGCUUUAGACUGGCAGACUUUUAGAGGCAUAUUCGAAGAUAAGUAUUAUCCCAGCACAUACUGCGAAGCCAAGAGGAAUGAAUUUCUGGGGUUGAAACAAGGAUCACUUUCAGUGGCUGAGUAUGAGAGGAAGUAUACCGAGCUUUCACGGUAUGCUGACGUUAUUGUAGCUUCUGAGAGUGACAGGUGCCGAAGGUUUGAAAGAGGGUUGCGUUUUGAAAUACGUACCCCAGUUACAGCCAUUGCUAAGUGGACGAAUUUCUCUCAGUUAGUGGAGACUGCCCUUCGUGUGGAGCAGAGUAUAACAGAAGAGAAAUCGGCAGUGGAGCUUAGUCGUGGGACUUCAGCAGCUAGUGGAUUUAGAGGCCGUGAGCAGCGGAGGUUCACGCCUGAGAUAAAUAUUUCAAGCCGUCAAGAUUUUAAGAAUCGCUCUGGAGGCCAAGCAUCGAGGAACGUGAGUUAUGGUAGUGUUUUUCAGAGACAGAGCCAGAGAAUACCUAGUUAACCCAUUAGAUCAACAGUAAGAUCGCAACCAGGUCAGGAGUCCAUUACUAGUACCGUCAGGCGAACACCAUGCACGAGUUGUGGCAGGAACCAUCGGGGUCAGUGUUUGGUAGGUGCCGGUGUAUGUUACCAGUGCGGACAGCCAGGACAUUUCAAGAAAGAUUGUCCGCAGUUGAACAUGACAGUUCAGAGAGAUCAGGGAGUUGGGUCCCAGACAGUUGAGCAAUCGAGAGUUUCAGUGGUUCCAACAGAGGGCACCAGUGGUGCAAGGCAAAAGGUAGUUGUUGGAAGACCGAGGCAACAAGGAAAAGUCUAUGCUAUGACUCAACAAGAAGCGGA